CUUUAUUAUGUAUGGACAUGCAAGCGGUAAAGCUUAUUCCGCAGUCAAAGGCAAAUGCAUCUUAUUACAAAAUGAAACUUCAAGUUCAUAAUUUUACUAUAUAUAACGUUAUUACUCAUAAAUCUGACAACUAUGUCUGGGAUGAAACUGAAGGCAGUCUUGUUGCUUCGACUUUCGUAACAAUUGUAAUAAAGCACAUAAAGAAAGAAAUACUUAAUACCCCAAACAUCCAUCACUUUAUUAUAUAUUCUGAUGGUUGCUUUUAUCAAAAUCGGAAUGCAGUAUUAUCCAAUGCCUUAAUAUCGUUUUGUGUAGUAAACCACAUUACCAUUGAGCAUAAGUAUUUAGUCGUAGGGCAUACACAAAUGGAAUGUGACUCUACUCACUCAUUAAUACAACGCAAAAUGAAUAAUAAACAAAUUAAUUUGCCCUCCCAACUAGUUCAACUAAUGAAAGACGCACGAAAAAAUCCAUAUCCACUAGUGGUUCAUCACCUACAACACAGUUAUUUCCUGGAUUAUGAAAAUCUUCCAAAGCGGUAUUCAUCUAUUCGACCAGGUAAUAAAGUUGGAGAUCCUACAGUAAAUAUGAUUCGUGCUUUGGCAUAUGAUACAACGGGAUCCAUAUAUUACAAAACCUGUUUUAAGGACGAGUAUCAGCUUCUUCCAAAAAGGACUACCAGAAAUUUUGAAAUUCAGCAGCCUAAUCUUUUGCACCCGCAAAGGUUAACGAUAUCCAAGAAGAAAUGGCAACAUCUGCAGGACCUAAAGGCUUUGAUUCCAGCAGACUGUCAUUACUUUUAUGAUAAUAUACCUUUUGAAUAAUUAAUUGUUUAAUAAACAAUUAUUAAACAUUGUUCUCAUUUUGACUUGAAAUAUUUUAAUUUUUUUUAGUACUUAUGUACAUAUUAAUAAUAAAAAUAACAUGAAAUAUGGAAAA